AUGGCCGCCGGAUACGACUCAUUCGACGAUGAUGACCCGGCUCCAUCGGUGAAAGCAGGCCAAGCGAAAACGCCCGUCAAAGACCCCAAUCCCUUCGACAAAGAAGCCGUGCCAUUGAUCAAUCAGGGAACAGCCGCACUGAAUCCGGACGAAUAUGAUUCGUUCGACGAUGAGCCGAGCGGAAGCGCGCCAUUACCUGAAACACCGCCUCCAAAGGGUGCUGCAAGCGUUUCACCGGCUACAAUAAAGCCUAAAGAAGCUACGGCAAACGAGAAGCCGACGAAUGAUCCACUGCUCGACAAGGCAUUGAAGGCGCUGCACAAACAUUUCGGCCACCGUCAAUUCCGCCCAUUUCAAUGGGACAUCGUGCGGAAUUCGCUGCAGGGCAAGGAUCAGAUUGUCGUGAUGAGUACUGGCUACGGCAAGUCAGUCUGCUUCCAAUUGAGGGGGCUAAUCAAGGAGGAUCUGACCAUCGUCGUCUCGCCGCUCAUUUCGUUGAUGGAGGACCAAAUUUCGAAUCUACGGUCUAACAACAUCGAGGCCGCCACGCUAAACAGCCAAACUACACCCGCGGAACGCGAUGAAAUCCUGGAAAAGGCUACAAGCGGCGCGCUGAGGUUCCUUUAUUUGACGCCAGAAUAUUGUCAAGUCGCUACCAGCACUUUUUCGCGGAUCAACAAACGCGUCGGCCAAAUCGCCAUCGACGAGGCGCACUGUAUUUCUCAAUGGGGCCACGAUUUCCGGAGUGAUUAUAAGAAGCUUUACGUCCUUCGCCAAGAAUUCCCCGGCGUUCCGGUGAUGGCGGUGACGGGCACGGCGACGCCGGAAGUGUGCGAGGACAUUCAGAAAAAUCUGCGUAUCACGAACGCCAUCACGACAAAGACCGGAUUUGAUCGCAAAAACCUCUACCUGAUCGUGAGGCCGCGCAGCACGCUGGCAAUCGACAUGGGCGAGCUGUUGCAGGACAGCGAGCGGAUUGGCCCCAAUUUCGGUGGCCCGACGAUCAUUUAUUGUCCGACGAAGAAGGAGGUCGACGAGAUGUAUGCGUAUCUGCGAGGCAAAGGCGUUAGUUGCGACAGCUACCACGCCGGGAUGAGCGACGCGAAUCGGAAGAAGGCGCAUCAGGCAUUUAUUCAUGAUAAGGUAUCUACCGUGGUGGCGACAAUCGCAUUCGGAAUGGGAAUCGAUAAGCCAGACGUGCGCACCGUCAUCCAUUACGGAGCCCCGAAAAACAUGGACUCCUACUAUCAAGAAAUCGGACGCGCUGGCCGUGACGGUCAACCAGCAAAGUGCAUCACCUUCUAUCGAGACGGCGAUUUUGCGAAAUAUCGCUUCAUCCAGGCGCAAAAGACGCAAAACCCGACGUUCGCACAGCACUGCGAGGACCUCGUGGAGAAGAUGAAGGAUCUUCUGAACACGAGCGAGUGCAGGAGAAGAAUGGUGCUCCGCCACUACGACCCGCGCUUCGACUUCGCCGACAAGUAUCGGCCGGGCUGUUGCGACAAUUGCGACGCCUACAUUCGGAAGCGGGAGACGGGCGCGGCGAUCGAGGUGGAAGUUGGCGCGGAGGCCAGACUGUUUUUGCAGGUGCUUCUCGACGUCUUCAGAGGCCAAAAGGGCAACACCGGGAUUAUCGACUUUAUUCGGGGAAAGUCAGCCCAGAGCCACCUAUCCGCCGGCCCGCACAGGGCGCUCUUCGGCGCCGGAAAGCCGCAAAACGACGAGUGGUGGAAAGCCCUCAGCACCCAGCUUCGCCUAAUGAACUACACGCAAACCGAGACGCGCCACGGCGCCCAUAUGCCCAUGUCGUUUUUGGUGGUGACGCCGCAGGGCCGGAAUUGGUAUCAAGCGGACAAUAAGUCGCUCAAAGUACCGGCCACCGAGGUGCUGCUGGCCGGCGUUCGUGGAGCUGCACUUUCGGGAGGUGUGAAGCGAGGCGCUACUCAAGCGGCCAGGCCGACAAAUAUGGCUUCAUCGGAUGAGAAAAAAAUCCUCGGCCCUACACGCCUUCGCGUCUACGAGUUUGCCCAAGAAGUGGACACAGACUCGGCUGUCGAAGCCGGAAAAAUGGAACUGAUGAAGAAGCUUCGCGCCGCGUUGGAGACGAAACGCGUUGAGCUCGGCGGUCAGUGCAAUUUGCCGCCUUUCCAGAUUUGCAGCAACAACGUGCUGGACCAGUUGACGGAGAUUCGGCCGAACAGCAUCGCCGCCCUGGAGCCGGUCACCGAUUGGCCCGACGCGAAAAAGACGCGCUUCGGGCUCGGCUUCAUCGACGUCAUCAAGGACGUGUGCGUCUCCUACGGUCUCGACAUGAAUGCCAAGGGUAGUGGCCUGAAUUUGCUAACACGAUCUCAACAAUCGGCCGUUUCUGAUGUGCUCAAGCCGUCGCAAGCCGCGGUCUACACGAUGCACCUCCAUUCCGGCGCAACGAUGAAAGAUCUGGCCCAUACGCGCGGGCUGAGCGAGGAUGUCUUCCGGAUGAAGCCGUUGUUUGAAAAGCUGCCCGAGGGCACGAUGGACUACAACGUUCUGAAGAUGCUGCUUCGAAUUCUCGAAUUCGAGUUUGGCACGCAGAAUGACGGUGAAGAGCCACCGACGUCAGGAGAAGCUUCUGGGGAGACCUCUGCCCCCGCUGUGCCGGCCUGGAUGACGGCGCUCUCCUCACAGCCCCCGGUCAAGAAAUCGAAACAA